AUGCAGAGUGAAGACAGGGAAGAGACACCGAAGAAGAACGAAACAAGGAACGAGGAACAGGAGGAAGUAACCAGAGGGGAAGAGGGUGAAGAGGAAGAGACGUUCGGAACACCGUUAGUGGAAAGAGGGAAAAAAGCGAACUCAUUCACUGCGGGGGAGAGAAGUGCAAGAAGGAGGGGAAGACCGAGAAAGGGGGCAGAAUACACACGGGAUAUUGGUGAGUUUUUGAAUAGGAGUUCAAGCAAAAGGAAAAUACUGGAAAGCCCGGAAGGGAAUAAGGACCUGCGGAAAAAAAAGUGCGAAGAAGAAGAGAAGCAAGAAGAAGGGAAGAACAAAAAAAAGGAAGAAGAGGAGACAGUAAAAGAUUUGCUAAAGGAGUCUGAAGAUAGGAAAAAAUUAAACAGAUCACCAAGAAGAGACAGAAUAGUUCAAGCAGAAAGAGAAAAUCCUGUGACAGCACAGGAAAUCGAUGCACUAAACGAAGAGUGGAGAGAGAAAACAGAGUUGAAUUCAGAAAAGGAGCGGUCUGAGGGAGAGAGAGAGAUGGAGGAGAACUUGAUGGAAAAGAUAAUGGUCGAACUAAGGGAGAAAAAAGCGAUGCAAAAGGUUGAAGAGGAAAUAAAGAAGAUGAAGGAGGUGGAGAGAAAGGAUGAGGAACAAGAGAGGAAACAAGAGGAGAAGAAAGAAAAGAAGAAUCAGGAUAAGGACAUGGAGGAAAAAAGGUGGGAAGAAUGGAACAGGGAAAUAAGGAAGAAAAACAUCAUUAUAACAGGAAUAAAUAUAAAGGAGGAGAUAAGAAAAGAAAUGGUGGAAGAAUGGCUUAAGAAGGAGUUAGGGAUAGAAACCAGGCUGAUAAAGAUUUGGAUAAUAAAAGGAAGAAGAGGAUUAGUAGGGGCGCAGUGCAGCAGCAGAGAAGAAAAGGAAAAGAUUAUGGAGAAUAAAAACAGACUAAAAGGAACCAAAAUAUACAUAGAUCACGAUCUCACAUUCAAAGAAAGGAGGAACAGAGAAAUAGUAUGGAAAAAGGCACGAGAAUAUAAAGAUGAAGGAUUGACAGAGAAUAAGGAGGAUAAAUUAGAGUAUAUAAAGAGAUUUGAUAUAAUAGGAUUAGUAGAAACUUGGAUAAUAAAAGAGAAAGAAGAGUGGAUUAAAGAAAAGCUUAAAGAUUUUGAUAUAGAAUGCGUAGAAGCAAGAAAAGAUAAUAAGAAGGGAAGAGCGAAGGGAGGAAUAAUCUUAGGCAUAAGAAGAGGAUUAAUGGACGCACAAAGGAGAUUAAGAGCGACAGAAGAAGUAAUAGCAGUAGAAGUGAAAAAGAAGGAAAAAACCUACAGGAUAAUUGUCACAUACAUGAAUGAGAAGAAAAAGGAAAACUGGAAAGAAAUCAAGAAAGUUUUGGAAGACAAUGAGAGGACGAUAACUAUAAUUGGAGGAGAUUUCAAUGCGAGGAUAGGAGAAGAAGAAGGAUGGUUAGAGGAAGAAGAAACUUUCAACCUAAGAAGCGAAAUGGAGAAGGAAAGAAAUAGAAAAUCAAGGGAUAAAACAGUUAACAAAGAAGGAGAAAAAAUGUUGGAGGAAGUAAGAAAUAAUGGAUUGUAUAUAGUAAACGGUAACAUGAAUGGAGACGAAGAAGGAGAAUUUACACAUAUAGGCCCAAGAGGAAUGACAACGAUUGACUACCUGUUAACGAAUAUAAGCGGGAAAGAAAUUAUACAGCGCAUGAAAAUUGGAGAAAAAAUAGAGUCAGAUCAUAUGCCAAUAGAAGUAACAUGGAAGGAAAAAACAGAAGAGAGAAGAAUGGAGAUAAGGAAAGAAAUAACGGAUUGGACACAGGAAGGAAUCAGAAAAUAUCAAGAAAACCUAAAGGAAGAAGAAAUAGUUAGGGCAAAAAACUGGAAAGAACUAAAAGGAAUAAUAAAGAAAGCUAUACCAAAAAAGACAAUCGAAGAAAAAGUUAGGAAAGAAAGAUGGUACGAUAAGGAAUGCAGACAGAAAAAGAGGAAACUGAAGAAUUUACUAAAGCUCUGCAAGAAGGAAGGAAAAGGGCAGAAGAGAUUUUAUGAAGCAAGAAAAGAAUACAAGAAACUACUGAAGGAGAAGCUAGAGAAGGAAGGAGAAAAAAUUAUAGAAGAAAUGAGAAGGGAUAAAACGGAGAAGAAGUUUUGGGAAAUCGUAAAUCAAAAUAGGAAAAGAAGAGAAGGAAUAGACGAAAACAUAAGAAGAGAAGAUUGGAUGAAACACUUUACAAAACAGUUAGGAGGAACAGAAAUAGAUAUAGGUGAGGAGGGAGAGAGAACUGAGGAGGUGAUCAAUGAGGAACUGGAAAAAGGCGGAAACAGAGGAGCGGAUUGCAGGAUAACAGAAGAGAUUACAGAAGAGGAAAUUGAAGUGACAAUAAGGAAGCUAAAAAAGAAGAAGGCAGUAGGGCCAGACGGAAUAGGUAACGAGGCAUGGAUCUACGGAAUUGAAAAGCUAAGAGGAAAAAUGAAGGAAAUUUUAAAUAAAAUGUGGAAUGGAGGAAAGUUAACAAAAGAAUGGAAGGAAGAAGAGAAAAAAGGUCUUAGUGAGACUCAAUUAGGAUUUAGGAAGGAAAGAGGCACAAUUGAUGCGGUAUAUAUCCUAAAGAAUGCGAUAAAUGAAUCAAUAAGAAGAGAAAAAGGAAAGUUAUACGUGCUAUUCGCAGACAUGAAAGGAGCAUUUGACAGACUAAAAAGGGAAGAAAUUUGGAACAUGCUGGAGAAAAUAGGUAUAGAAGAAAAUAUAACGGAAAGAAUAAGGGACAUAUAUACAGGAACAAAGAGCACAAUAAAGAUAAAGGAGAAAAGAGUAGGAUCAAUGAAACUGAAGAAAGGAGUCAGACAAGGAUGCCCCCUCAGCCCGACCUUGUUCAAUGUGAGCCUUGCGGAUUUGGAAGAGGAGAUGAGAAAAGUACAAGAAGGAGGCGCAGUAUUAGGGAGAAAGAAAAUUUACUCACUGUCAUAUGCAGACGAUGUUGCACUAAUGUCCACUACGCCAGAAGGGCUAAAAGAGAUGAUAGAGAGAUUGGGAAAGUAUUUGGAAAAAAAAGGCUUGGAAUUGAAUACGGAAAAGUCAAAGAUAAUGGUGUUCAGAAAAGGACAAGGAAGGAGAACCAGAUUAGAAUUCAAAUGGAAAGAGGAAGUAAUAGAAGAAGUGAAAGAAUUUACAUAUCUGGGAUACAUAAUGAAGGGCAACAACAGUGAUGAAGGACAAAUUAAGAAGCUAGAAGGUAAAGCUAAAAGCGUAGUAGGAAGAAUUUGGAGCAUAGGAGAGAGGAAAUUUAAAGAAGAUUGGGAUAAAAGGAUGAGAUUAUUCGAUGCACUAAUAGAAUCAGUAAUAAUGUAUGGAGCCGAAAUUUGGGGGUGGAAAGAAAGGAAAGAACUUGAAAGAAUACAAAGGAAAUAUAUUAAAUGGGUGCUAAAGCUUGACAAGAAUACACCGGACUACAUAGUGAUGAAAGAAACAAACAGGGAUGAUUUAAUAAUUAAGACAGGAAAAAGAGCAUUAAAAUAUGAAGAAAAGUUGGAAAAACAAGAAAGAAACACGAUCCUGGGAGAAUACUGGAAAAUACAAGAGAGAAGAAGAGAAGAAAAAAGCCAAGAAGACAAGAGAGAAUUCUUGAAGAAAAGAGGAUGGUCAAUAGAAAAGUAUUGGGAAAAUAAAGGUAGGAAAGAGUCAGUGUGGCAAAGAUUGGAGGAGAAAGGCAGGGAAAUACAGACAAAUUAUAGAGAAGAAAGGAUAAAGGAUUCAAGAUACGCAGAAGAGAUCAGGGAGGUACUCUUGGAAGAACACGGAAGGAGAUACAUGGAGAGAGGCCAAAGACUAAGAAAAGAUGAAUUAAGUACGGUGGCUAGGUUUAGAACAGGAAAUGAAAGCAGAAAGUGCAUGUUCUGGCUAAAAGAAGAGGAAAGGUUGUGCAGAUUAUGCGGCAAAGAAGAGGAAAGCUACGAGCAUGUAUUUGAAAACUGUGGAAAGAUACACGGUGUGCCGCGCAAUGCUUCGCAUGAACUUGGCGCGAGACACUACCGUGUCUCUUGA